GAGGGCCUGAAAGCCCACCAGCCGGACUUGGUCUUGCACGAGAAUGUCCUGAGGUUCCAGGUGGAGCAUCUCCUGGAGGGGAUCGAAGACUUGUACACUGCCUUCGAGUUCCGCAUUUCACCGUGGCUUGGUGCAAAAGAAAUGUAUCAUGUGAUUCUGUCGAGUACCGAGUGCACUGCCGACUUUGAUUUUCAUUUCGGCGCUUGUGCGUCCAUGACGGGCAGCGAUCUGCUGGCCAUGCCACCAAGCAUUGUGCAGGAGUACUUCCGAAACAAGCUUCGUCAGAAACACUGUCACACGGAAGGCCUUCUGACGUCAUCUGAUUUCACAAAGGUGCUGACUCCGCGGCAGAAAGGCGUUCUGCAGAAGUUUCAGGAGCUCUCUGCCAACGCCGUGGGCGACCUGGAGGACGACUUCUUGGUCGACUUGUCCCAGACCGACGAGUGGACCACGGCCUCAAACGAUGCUCCAUGCCUCCUGCGCGGAUCCUUGAUCUGGAGCCACAAGCUGCAGCGCACGGCCUUGCCAGCAGAACAUCUGCUGCUGCAAGGCAUCCCGUUGCUGCAGGACAACAGUGCCUGGAAGAAGUUCGUGUUUGACAAAGCUGCAGAUCCCUUCUAUGACAGUAUGUUUCUCAGCUUGUCGGGAAAUGCGAUGCAUCGUGCCGUCGUUGGCACCUGG